AUGGUACACAAGGAAGCGGCGCCUGAGAGUAUGGUGCGACAAGGGGCCUAUUCAUCCCAGCAUCGCUCGCCGGGAGGAGCGUCUGGAGGCCAUUCUAGGUCCAAGUACCAUGAAGGCGACCAACAGAAAUACACAAAAAAAUGGGAGGCCAAGCACAAGCGAUUUGAAAGUGAUGAUGAGGACGAGCUAUUCGAUAGGAGCAACGACAGGACGAAUAAGGGCCAGGAGCGACGAGAAUCACCGAAAACCACAGUUCUCGUCAUCAUCAAAACGAUCCACGUCGACACCCAAGACCGGAUGCGAUGGGGGGCCCCUGAGGAUAUGAGACGUAGACUCCAGCAGCAGCAACAGCAACGACGGCAACAACGGGAUGAUUCGGAUUCCACAAACAGAAGCGAAACUCACAGUCGGAACUCCAGCUAUGAGCAGAAAGAGAGCAAACUAGGAGGCAGAAUUCAGCAAGACAGCACUAUCAAGGAGCCUUCGGACUCGGAAUCUGAUUUGGAGGAUGCGAACCCGCUCAGUACUCUACCGCUUGGUAUCGGACCGAAGAAGAAGGAUGUCCCUUCAUUUAAGACAGAACUCUCAUCGAAACAACCCUCGUCAGGCCUUCACUUAGUUCGCGACCGAGAACUGGUGUCCUCAACGGACUCUGACUUGGAGGAUGCGAACCCGCUCAAAGCUCUGCCACUUGGUAUUAAACCGAAACAGAAGGAUAACUCGUCAUUAAAACCAGGACUCUCAUCAAAGCCGUCUUCAUCGAGCCUCUGCUCUAAUCGCGAUUGGAAAUCGUUGUCGUCAACUAUUCCAACAACACCACAAUCCAGUGAGACGAAAACGGAACUUAUUUUCGUGCCUUGUAAAGGGUCUCGGGCCAGCUACGCGCGUUAUAAAGGAUCAGGGAGCGAUGACCAUGACAGCGAUGACCAUGACAGCGAUGACGAUUUUCAGGAGAACAGCACUCAAAGCAGGAUGUCGAAUACCUCAGGUGGAAAGGCACAGUCUAAAAAUCCGACUGAAGCACAAAUCCCAGAGUCAAAGCAAAUGGAAGUAACGGACAAUGCUCGUAUAGCAUUUCACGAUAUCUUUGGAAACACAGACCGGUUUGGAAGUCAAUUAAAUGGUGCAAAGAGGCAGCUUCGAGAGGAUGCACAGGCGGGCGGAUCGAAUGACAGGUCGAAUGUUAGGUUUGACAAGGUCAAGGAACGUAGAAGCGAGGAAAGGAGAGCAAACAAGUUUUUCAAUAAGGGGCAUCGGCUUUCCAUGGCUACGAGAGAGGGGCGCACUAAGUCGAUCAAGCCUCGCAAUAACCAGUCGAGUUCAUCUCACUUCGCGAGAAAGGAUGACACGGGCAUUGAUGAAAUUGGACGGAAACGGGAUCCUAGCCUUCACGAGAAACGAGAAGUGAACUCUUCAGCCAAGCCAAAACCUCUUCCCAAUACUACGCGGCUAAUCGACCAAGACCGGUCCUCUCCAGCAUUCGGGUCCAACAGCGCCCAAGAUCCUUACGACACCUUGAGUUUGUCUGAAUUCUCGAAUGAUGAGAACGCUGACCGGAUGGUGGGCAGGAAGCGGAAUCGGGCUCAAUCGAGCGAAACUAGUGAAUGCGAGAGCGAUCCAGUGUCUCUUGUAGCGCCUGGAUCGCACCAUAGUACCCCUGUGAAGCGCGUCCCUUUCAAGACUCCGGACGACGAUACCCAACUCAAAAGUGCUCAGGCAAAAGGAGCACCUGCUGAUAAGGAAGGGUUUCAGCUGCCCUCGCCUAGCAAGAAGCGGACUCGAACAGAUGACUACAUUUUCCUUUCGGAUGACGAUAUCGAGUUCGUGGAGGUGGAGGAAGACAUUGGAUCUGAGAAUGUCUGUCCAUAUUGCGGAGAUGCCUUGCCCAAAAGUAAAUCUAUGCGACUGGCUAGUGCUUUGGCCAAAGUUCUUGCCGAUAUGAAGAAUUUGAAGCAGCUGCGGUCGCAGCUACAACAGCGACACCAGCAAUAUCAACAACAACAGGAACAACAGCAGCAAAAACGACACCCCGCGGGUUGGAAGGCGCAGAGCACUGCCACGAUAUCUGUAGUAGAAGGACCGAAACCUAUCAUGAAAAGGCCACGACCACGAUCACGCAGGUUACAACCCAGAGGCGGUGGUCCUGUAGAACCACAGCCUGCAGGUGCGCGCGGAAGCACAACUCCGAUAAUCCAUAUGAUCAGUGAUAGCAAUGGGUGCGUGGAUGAAGACGAGGACGAGGACGAAAAUGGGGAGGAGAAUGAGAAACGAGAGAAUCCGUUUGCUGUCAGAGGCCCCUCAUUGAUGGAUAAGUUUGAGUUCUGUCGCGUUCACAUUUCGGAGGAAAAUAUUGUGCCGAUGGGGAUCGAGCGCCUGUACCCGAUCCAUAUUGAUUUCACUCUGUUGCCUGAGCGAGUCAGGCGAAUGAAGGAUGAAUUGAGAGGCGUCAUUGAAGGAACAGUACCGAGCGUUUACUUGGCCAAGGCACUGGAGAAUUAUAAGCGCAUGGGGGCCUUAGGAGCAAGGAAUCCUCAUGUUAUUCUGGCGAAUGUCGCACAGACCAUGCCAGGAUACUAUGGAUCGAAGGGCUCAGCAGAGUUGUGCAAGAUCCUGACGUCGAUGUUUAUAGAGACGAAAAUUCUAACCUAUGAACUGGCCCAGCCUCAGAAGCCAAUUGAAUAUAUCCAACAGGUUCUUGUCCCUGAAGCGGGCCUUCGACUGAUUGCGGAGGACAGGGUGAAGAUUCAUGGAGAUGGCGGCCUAGUCUCGCUGGAGGACGCACGGGAGAUCAUGAUAGACAGCGUUGAAUUUGGAAACUACAUGCACGACAUUGAGUUCAACCCAUAG